GAUCUGGUCCGCCACCGAGGGAGGAAGGAAGAGGUGGCCUGAGGGGUGGAGGCUGGAUGUGGGUUCUCCAAUGAAAAGGACCUUCGGGGCAGCUGCAGGCCAUGAGAAAAGGAAGAGCGCAGCUCUUGCUUCGAAAAGAUAGACUUCUAAACCCUUGGGAAAGGCACCGGGACGGGCAGAGACCUGCGGUUGCAGGGAGCCCAGCCAGGGCUGCCCUUCCGGAGCGUCAAGGAUGUGGCUGACGUGAAGAUGAGCAGCUCAGAGGAGGUGUCCUGGAUUUCCUGGUUCUGUGGGCUCCGCGGCAAUGAAUUCUUCUGUGAAGUAGAUGAAGAUUACAUCCAGGACAAAUUCAACCUCACUGGACUCAAUGAGCAGGUGCCUCACUAUCGACAAGCUCUAGACAUGAUCUUGGACCUGGAGCCUGAUGAAGAGCUAGAAGACAACCCGAACCAGAGUGACCUGAUUGAGCAGGCAGCUGAGAUGCUUUAUGGAUUGAUCCACGCCCGCUAUAUCCUCACCAACCGUGGCAUCGCCCAGAUGUUGGAAAAAUACCAGCAGGGAGACUUUGGCUACUGUCCGCGUGUGUACUGUGAGAACCAGCCAAUGCUUCCCAUUGGCCUUUCGGACAUCCCAGGUGAGGCCAUGGUGAAGCUCUACUGCCCCAAGUGCAUGGACGUGUACACACCCAAGUCAUCAAGGCACCACCACACGGACGGCGCCUACUUCGGCACCGGUUUCCCUCACAUGCUGUUCAUGGUGCACCCUGAGUACCGACCCAAGCGGCCCGCCAACCAGUUUGUGCCCAGGCUCUACGGUUUCAAGAUCCAUCCGAUGGCCUACCAGCUCCAGCUCCAAGCCGCAAGCAACUUCAAGAGCCCAGUCAAGACGAUUCGCUGAUUACCCACCCCCUGCCCCUCAGUCUUUGACACCUCCAUUCCUUUGCUGCCACCCUUUCAGGAACCCUCUAUGGUUUUUAGUUUAAAUUAAAGGAGUCAUUAUUGUGGUGGGAAUAUGAAAUAAAGUGGAAGAAAAGGCCA